CUCUGAGGCCGUUGUGGAGAGAGGAUUGUUCUUGUUACGUCUGUGCGUUUAACGUUUCGUGUUUGCUUUCACGUUGCGUACGUCAGUUUCGUUCAAUUUUCUUUUUGUUCUUUCGGCUUUUUAAUUGCCAGACGUGCUCUAUCGGUGUCAAAAAGUUUUCUCGCGUAUCAACGGAAAGACGUGUGCGUGCUAGUGUUGGUAAACUUAACCUCAAAGUGGCGGCGAGUUACUGUUUAGGUCGUAAACAACCGAGUGCAGUGUCUUUGUGUGAAGAUGGUGUUCCCACAUUGAGGAUGUGAAGUCGUGGAUAGGAAGAAAGGAAAGAUAGUUUUUCUUCUUUCGUUUAAUCCGAUGGAAAAAGAAGCUUUCUCCGAUUAUUCUUAACCCGUUUCUCGCUCUGUUUUACCGACCGUAUAAAGGGCACGCCACGCUCUCCGUGCGGGAUUCUUCGUGGCGUCGGCGACACGUUUAACCUCGAUGAACGUAGAAGGCGGUCGAAAUAAAUGGUGACACGACGAGUAAUUAUCGUUCGAUAUCGCGAAGUUACAAAUUACCAAUGAGAAUGCGGUAGUGGCAAAUACACCGAUGGAUCAUCGUCGUGUAUCCGAGGCGGGGACCUUCUUAAUUGAAUCACAUCGACAGAAUCACCAACAGAAUCGUCCUAAAGGUCGCUUGUCCUCGUAGCCCACGCGGGCGAUUUGAAUCGUGGUGUUUUUUUCAGUUUAUCGUUGUUGCUGUUAUUUGUUAUCAUUGGUGUUCCGCGUGACAUGAAGCAUACGUGAUCCGAGGACACGGUGUUUGUAUUUUUUACUGUUUUGAAACCAGAGAGAAAAAAAUGUAUCCUAGUGCUGGAAUCAACGCUGCUGCUGUAGCUGCCGCCGCUGCUGCCAGGCAUCCGGGUCCGCCGCAACCAGGCCAACAAUAUAAAUUCUCGAUCGGCGAGUUGUGCGAUCGUAUCAAGGAGGAUUUCAACUUUCUUCAGACGCAAUAUCACAGUAUUAAAUUGGAGUUAGAGAAACUCGCCCAGGAGAAGACUGAGAUGCAGCGUCACUACGUUAUGUAUUACGAGAUGUCCUACGGGCUGAACGUGGAAAUGCAUAAACAGACAGAGAUAGCGAAGAGGUUAAACGCCAUAAUUGCUCAGAUCCUGCCAUUUCUCUCGCAGGAACACCAACAACAAGUCGCUACUGCUGUUGACAGAGCCAAACAAGUGACCAUGACCGAGCUCAACGCCAUUAUCGGGCAACAAAGGCCAGACCUGCCAAGGCUUCUUCAGCAGGUGCACGCCCAACAACUACCACCUGGCGCCGCGAUGGGCCCGCAUCCAGGCAUACCUGGCCUUCCUGGGCUCGGCCCUGGCGCUGGUCUUCCCGUUCCUACGUCAGCCUCCGCAGCACUUCUCGGAUUAGGUAUUCCACCGGGUGCCGCAGCAACCGCUGGUGGCACAGCUGCUCAUCCCCUUUCGAUGUUGACCAAGCCGGACAUCCAUCGUCAAGCGGACGAUUUAAAGCACAACGGAGGUCUUAAUCCAGCCGAGGAGAGGCAUAGAAGUUCGAUAUCACCCGCGGAACGCGAAAAGUAUAGCAGGCCGCGAUCAACCGACCCCCAACACCACGAUCACCUCCCACUCAAGAAGAUGAAGAAGGAGCAGGACAAGGAUAUAGGCCAUCAAAGCGAUGGUGAAAAGAGCGACCAGGAUUUGGUGGUUGACGACGCGAGCGAGGGGCCGACGAGCCCCACGGCGAAUGGCACAGCGUCGCCAAGGGAGAACGGGCUCGACAAACUCGGCCCGUCCUCGGUGCCUUUGAGCAGCCAGGUGAAGAAAGAAGUCCCGCCACCGUCGCCGAGAAGCGGCACGAGCAGCAACGCGAGCACACCCUCGGCUAAGAAGAUGGAAGAAAGAGAAAAACCGACUACGCCUAUCUCGAAACCCGUCACGCCCACGUCAGCUGGUGGUAGCAGCUCCGGGUCCGGUGGUCUGAAACCAUCGAGUUCCAGCAAACCACUGGUCUCGGCUUCGGCGGUCGGCCCUUAUCCGCCGCACUAUCCGCCGCCACAUCAUCCACCCGCAGGACCUCAUGUGGACGUGCUGGGUUAUCCCCCAGCCCUGAAUGGAUAUCCCGCAAGACCGCCUCUUCAGCAACUCUACGAUCCUCACGGAAGCAUGAGGGCUCCUCUUGGACCUCUCGGUGUACCCGGUGGAAAACCCGCGUACAGUUUCCACGUGUCGAGCGAGGGCCAGAUGCAGCCUGUUCCAUUCCCUCACGACGCUCUAAUUGGACAAGGAAUACCGCGUCAUGCACGCCAGAUAAAUACCCUGACGCACGGGGAGGUGGUGUGCGCGGUGACGAUCUCGAAUCCGACUAAAUACGUUUACACGGGUGGCAAAGGAUGCGUCAAGGUCUGGGACAUCAAUCAGGGCGGGAGCGGUAGCGCGAAACACGUUUCGCAGCUUGAUUGCUUGCAACGAGACAACUACAUCAGAUCGGUGAAAUUAUUACCAGAUGGGAGAACAUUAAUCGUAGGCGGCGAAGCGAGCAACCUCAGUAUCUGGGACUUGGCGAGCCCAACGCCAAGGAUCAAAGCGGAAUUGACCUCGAACGCGCCAGCUUGUUACGCUUUGGCUAUCUCCCCCGACUCGAAAGUCUGCUUCAGUUGUUGCAGCGACGGGAACAUCGCCGUCUGGGAUAUACAGAAUCAAUCUCUGCUCAGACAAUUCCAAGGUCACACGGACGGCGCCUCCUGCAUCGACAUAUCGGCGGACGGGUCGAAAUUGUGGACCGGCGGACUGGACAACACUGUCCGCUCAUGGGACCUAAGGGAAGGAAGGCAAUUGCAACAGCACGACUUCACCUCCCAGAUAUUCUCGCUCGGCUAUUGCCCUACCGGCGAGUGGCUCGCGGUGGGAAUGGAAAACUCGAACGUCGAGGUGUUACAUGCCACGAAACCGGACAAAUAUCAGCUCCAUUUGCACGAGUCUUGUGUACUUUCGUUACGUUUCGCUACCUGCGGUAAAUGGUUCGUUUCGACGGGCAAGGAUAAUCUCCUCAACGCGUGGCGCACACCUUACGGGGCCUCGAUAUUCCAGUCGAAGGAAUCUUCGUCGGUGCUCAGUUGCGAUAUUUCUACAGACGACAAGUAUAUCGUGACUGGAUCAGGUGAUAAGAAAGCUACAGUGUACGAAGUGAUAUACUGAACAGUUACAUGAUCGAUGCGACAUUGAGACACUGGAUGGAACACAUCGUCGAGUGUACUACGCUUUUACAUUAGUUCGUAUGAGAGACAAAGAGGGUUCUGUUCCAAGAAUACGCAUCAAAGAUUAAAUUGAAACUCUGACAAAGUAUGUUGUGGAGGGAGAACUUUUGUGAAACGAGUAAUAUAUAUAUAUAUAUGUAUAUGUAUAUGUAUAUGUGUAUGUAUUAUAUAUAUAUAUACGUUAGCGUGUGUUAUAUUUGUUAAAUUUGAAUCACGCGCAAACGGUUCUCGUAUUGCACACACGAGGAGGAAAAGGAACAGAGAUAUGAGAGAGAAGCUGCGAACUGAAGUUAUAUUAUAUGAAUAUGUAUAUAUAUAUAUAUGUAUAUAUACAUAUAUAUAUACAUAUAUAUAUGUGUAUACAUAUAUAAGGUGGCAGAACAUUUUAGUUAUUUAAGAUUGUAUAAAACAUAUGGUUAUAAAUAGGCCAAGAAGAUGAUUAUGAAUGAGACUAUACGUGAUAAAACGUAUAUAUAUAUAUAUAUAUAUAUAUAUACAUUCGCACGGAUAAUUAUGUGAUCCGCGAUUGUGUUCGACUUCUUUGACAUGAAGUCGCUUGUGUAAUAUGUUACUAAUGUAAUAUAGAGUUUUACGACAAAAACUAUUCAUUACGUGCGAUUGUGAGAGAGAGAUGCAAGGCGAAAUAUUAUUUUCUCCGCGCGUGAUGCCCUCGUGCUUUACUAUAUGAUCGACGAAAGAACGAAUUGAGAUGUUUGAGAGAGAGAGAGAGAGAGAGAAAGAGAGAUUGUAUGUACGUAUACACGAUCUAACAUGUAGACCUGUCGAAGUAGAAAUGUGUGUUGCAAAAUUCUACGUAAUGUAAUCGGACACACAACGCAUAGAAGCAAGAACGAUUUUAAUUCGAGGAUAGAGAAAAACGUAGGUCUAUAUCGAACCGAUGUAAUUUUUUGAUCGUGCUAAGAUUGUGUAAAGGAAAAUGAGGUUUUUUUUUUCGUGUGAGCCUCGAACAUUUCCAUUGCGAGAAAGAGUAUGAGAGAGAGAGAGAGAGAAAGAGAGAGAAAAGAUAAAAAAAAAAGAAAAAAAAAGUAAACUCAUAUUCCGAAAAUUUGUACUCGUAUAGAAGUUUCAGUUACGAAUAUUUUUCUCGUUUUUUCGUUGCUAUUCUGUAUAUCGGUACUGCAGCUACCACUCGUAACUAUAUGUUCUGCGGUAACUGUGAGAAAUUGUGAAAGGCACGAAAAAGAAGGCUGAGGUGGGAGAACAAUAGGAUAUGGAUAUGAUGAUGAUGAUGAUAAUGAUGAUGAUCUCUCGAGUAAUUUUUUUUGUAGCAAAAGAAAACAGAGCGCUUAGAGCGGACGAAAAAAGAUUUUUAAAGAUUUUUCUUUUUCUGACGCAACGUAAUUGGUAUCGCCAAAAGAAAAAUAUUCUUUACGAGGCACAAGUACAUCGUAUCUUGUUCGUGGCCGAUGCCAAACGAAGAUCGUUAUGUGUAUAUUUAACGAAGAUGAAUCAAUCUAUUUAUAUUUUACAAUUGAAAAUUUUAUUAUACGAAUAUGAAUCGAAAUGAAAUGGAAUCAUUGUGCAUAUGUUCGACCGACGAACUAAAUACUAAAUAUGAGAUGUAUUUAUGAUGAUCUAUUUUUAUCUUAUUAUUAUUAUUAUUAUUGAUUUACGAUGAAUUUGAAUCUCUGAUCUGACAAUGUUGCGGACUAUAUGCGAUGUACUUUUUACGUAUUGUACCAUUCGCGAGGAAACGCUAGUUUCACAUGUAUUCCACCAACACGUGACGAAAUUAAAAUUCUAUCCAAUGGGGAAAUCGAUCCAAGUAUUGAAACCUGAAUUGUAGAGAAGCUUACGAUUGCGUUACCGUUAACUGCCACAUCAACGAGGCAUCAACGCUAUUCUUUUAUUCCACGAAUAGAAAACACACGGGCCCAUUCACCGUUCCCAAGCACGUUUAUUCCGCGAGAUAUUCGUGCGAAAAAUAUUUUUGUGACGAUCCCUUAGGUUUAAUUUCUUAGCGACUUGAUCGAUGCGAGACACACGUACCUUGCGAUUCAAUUUAUAUAUCUUGAACAAAAAGAUAAAUUUGCGCCAAGUACACGCGGUUAACGAUUUCUUCGAUGCCUGCCAGGCAUUUGAAAUUAAUAGGGUAUAUAUAGGUUAUUAUUCGCGUUAUUAUUCGGAUUUUAAAAUGGUAAAAGCAGGGGAUGCAUAAUGGAGAUUUAUAUUUUGUUACAGAAAUACAACCACACGUUUUACAUUUGCUGUGAUCGUCGUAGAAUCGACGCUGUAUACUGCCGAAUCAAUGUAGAAAAAAGAAAAAAAAGUAUAAAAAAGAAAAAAAAAUAUUUAAAAAAAAAAAAGGAAUAAGAAAACUAAUACGAAUUACGUGUCGCGAUAGAGGGAUAAAAUAGAGAAUAGAAAAAUAAAGAUGGAAGAAAAUGUGCGAGAAAACAGAUAGAUUUUCGACGAGCACAGCUCCGAUGAUAGACCAAUAGAAACAACGAUACCUCAAGAAGACUCAAUAGUUAAUUAUCUCUUUAACGAUUAACUUGUACAGAAUCGAUAUUCUUUUACAGUAAAUAAUUACGCAUACCCGCAUACAAUUGCAUACACACAGAUGCAGGUUAGGAAGAACAGAGCGAAAUUGUGAUUCAAACAUUCGCUAAUAUAAAGUAAAAAAAAAAACAAAUUUUCUGUCCCACGUUUCAUUGAAUUGUGUCUCCGCGCUCGCAAUUUGCACUCCGUGUGUACGAAAGCGAUUAGAAAUAUGCGUUUCCAGCCAGAACAAGAAGUGAAAAAAGAAAAAGCAAAAGACAAGUGUUAAUCCUUUCCAAGCACAGUUCAUGUUGUUCCUAUAGCUACGCGAAAAUUGUUUCUUUCGACAAUUAAAUCAUCUAUAUCUAUAUA